GGCCUUAAGAUCAGCGAUGCACUGAGGCCUGUCGGCGAAGCAGGGCCGCCUCAUGGACCCUCUAAGACGUGGAGAGCUUCACCACAUGGGAUGUAUAAGUUGACAAGGUGGCUUUGUCCAGUAAAGAUCUGACCCUCACGCCGCCAUGGGGGACUGGAACCUGCUCGGAAAGCUUCUUGAAAAGGCUCAGGAGCACUCCACUGUGGUGGGGAAGGUGUGGCUCACUGUCCUGUUCAUCUUCCGCAUCUUGAUCCUGAGUGCUGCGACAGAGAGGGUGUGGGGCGACGAGCAGUCGGGCUUCACUUGCGACACCAAGCAGCCCGGUUGCGAGAACGUCUGCUACGAUAUCACGUUCCCCAUCUCCCACGUCCGCUUCUGGGUGCUGCAGAUCAUCUUUGUGUCCACACCAACGUUAAUAUACCUGGGACACAUUCUCCACCUUGUGAGGAUGGAGGAAAAGCAGAAGGAGAAAGCGAAGCUGAGGGAAAAAGAGCUUGGACAGCAUUCAGACAAACAGGCCCUCAUUGUGGACGGGAAGCAAAAGAAGGCUUUGAUUCGAGACGACAAAGGACGGGUGCGCCUGCAGGGGGAGCUGCUGCGCACAUACGUCUUCAACGUGAUCUUCAAGACCCUGUUUGAGGUGGGCUUCAUCGUGGCCCAGUACCUCCUGUACGGCUUUGAGCUGAAACCCAUGUACACAUGUGACAGAUCGCCCUGUCCCAAUGUGGUUAACUGCUUCAUAUCCCGACCCACCGAGAAAACCAUCUUCAUCAUUUUCAUGCUAGGAGUUGCCAGCGUGUCGCUUUUCCUCAACCUCGUAGAGAUUUACCACUUGGGCUUCACCAAGUGUCGCCAGGGCAUCACCUUCAGAAGGAGGAAUCAGUCCCCUGAGAGCAUCUCCCACGAGCCCGGGGAGGCUGCCGUGCCGUUUGCGCCGAGCUACGACGACUACUUCCACGGACACCGCCAAGUGCAGAGCACCUACCCGCCCGUACCCAGUUACAACCUCUCCCCACUGUCUGCAGGAACAGACUCUUCCUUCCACCCCUACCACAGCAAGGCCGCUUACAAGCAAAAUAAAGACAAUCUGGCGGUGGAGAGGAGCAGCAGCAAGCCAGAGGAAUGUGACCCGAAAGGAAAGAAGGGAGCAGGAUCGGUCCCGGGGUCACCUACGCAGGCCAGGCCCAGCUACGGAGCCAAACACAGCAACAACAAGACUAGAAUAGACGAUCUGAAGAUAUGAGGAGGUUUAUGUUUCUCGGAGGGGUCUUAAAUUGCUGUGAGGCUGAUCAUAUGCUGUUCGGAAGCAUUCAUACAUACUGUCCUGACUUCCCUCUUUAAGAUAGCAUAGGUUUGACUCAUUCCAGCCUGGAGGGGACUGAUAUUUACGGGGCACAUAGAGAGGCCGCAAGUAUACUGUGAUGUGGACCAGACUGACGAGGUUCGACAAUAACAGUAUGAAACUUUUCUCUUCGUGAAAACACAGCUGUCGUAUUUUUCUUUAUUGGAUUCUUUUAUAUUUUGAAAGUCUUCAUGGGAUUUCACAGUGUAACAUAAGACUGUUCUUAAAACGCUGUUUGUGACAAAUGAGUAUUUUCAGUAAAUGCUGGUUGGUAUUGGCAUUUUCUAAAUUGAUUUGAUUUAUUUAAUGUAUGAAUUUAUCCUCUGAGUUGCAACUUACAAAUCAAUCAACAACAACAACAACUGUUUAGCUCUGAAUUGGGCGUUUUUGUGUUUUGUCUUCCGAAUGUUCCAGAUUAGCAGGAACUUGUUCGGCAUUGACCUGGCCUUGUUUAAAGAAAUCAGAUAGGUCAAACAGUUAAAAUUAACUUCCCCACCAACUGUUUUCAGGUCAGCGCUGAGCAUCGUUCACUUGCUUAGACUUGAAGCGACGAGUUGUGCAAUACCUGACACA